AUGGUCGUCAUGAGCCACCACUUUCUUGGGGACUCAAGUGUGGAUGCAGUUGCUCAAAUUAACACUGAAAGCAGGCUAAAUAUUGGUGACAGGGCUGGGUCUGAUGUGAUGGUUUACUCCAAAUCCCCAGAUGGUACUGUUGGAACUCAUGUGAAGCAACAGCUGGUUGCAUUUCGGAGAGUUUUUGUGCCGGCAGAAAGUACGACGCUGCUGCUUAUAGUUUUAAGCUCUGGCGCUCACACUAUCGUUGUUGAAACUUAA